CCUAAGCAAAAGUGAAAGCAAGCAAGAGCACAUAUAUUCAUGUCAAAGCUCAACACAACAACAGAUUAAACAUGGAGAACUACCAGCACGAUGUGUUUUUUGAGGCAAAUAAUCUCUCAGAUGUGGAAGUUAGACAAAUACACACAUACUUUAGGAUCAAGAGAAGAUCAGGAGGAGGACAGUGUGAGAUCAGCAAAGUGGGGGACAACACCUACAAGAUAAGUUUUAUGAACAAAGAAGCCCAGGAAAGAGUGCUAGGCCGAGAAAAUCAUGUCAUCAAUAUAUCUGGACGAGAGGAGCUCCGUGUUUCAUUAAGCUGUGACAAUGUUGCUGAAAGCAGCAGACAGCCCAAAGCAUCUGCUAAUCAGAAAUGUGCAAGUGAUAAAAGUAUGGAGAAGGUUUUUAAACUGGACUUUUAUCUAUUACGUUACCUCAGCGAAUGUAAAAAGUCGAAUUCGAACUUGGAGAAACUUCUGUCUGCGCUCCACAGCACCUUUGAGAUCCACAUUGACUCUGAAGAGUUGGUGGUGAGGAGGGACCCAGCAGCUGAGGACAUGUCCCUGAAGAAAUGGGAAUUUGGGGUCGACCAAGUGUUCGAGACUUUAAAGUCACGCUAUAAUAUCUACUUUGAGGUUGAUCGGGACAAAUCUAAAAUUCUGGAACAACACCUUUACCUCUCUGGUGAGGACUUAAAAAUCUAUUGUGAUGAAGAGACGUGUUUAGCCGUCGUGGUUGGAGAGCAGAAACAAGUGGAGAAGAUUUUAAAAUUUGUAAGUGGAUUGCAUGAUCAACAGCAGAUUCAAGAAGAGUGUCAUGUGUCUGAGAAGCAAUUCAGCCUCAUCAAAGAGCAGUUUGAGUCGUUCAGAGAGUCUAAUUUGCCUGCACUUCAGAUCGCUCAGGAAAAAACGGGCAUUCUCCUUUUGAAGGGUCCUGAAAAAGAGGUCCAUGCAGGCAAAAAGGAGCUUUUAAACUUAGCAAAAGAAAUCAAAGAGAAGAGGAUCCCAUCACAUCGUCUUCUUGUGACCUUUUUGGAAUCAAGUGGUGGUAUAAAGCACUUCCAAAACCGAUUUCAGCAGAGACUCUGCAGCCCGGUUAUGCUCGAGACUUCAGGUUCAGAUCUCCUUUUGUUGAGUUUGUCUGACGGAGCGCUACAGGAGGCGGCUGUUGCUGUGCAGAGAGACCUGUGUUCGGAGACUGUGCAUCUGGAAAACACUCAGAAAUCAUCUGCGUUUAAUAAGCUGAAGGAGGAUUUGAGUGAAGCUGUCAAGCAGGCCAAUCGUGACAGUGGUAAAGUGGAGCUCAAAUACCUGGAUGAAUCAAGUGUUGACCCCAAAGUGCAACUGGUGGGCUACACUACUGAAGUUAGUAGGCUGAAGAGCAUUGUGCUAGAAUACAAAAGAAACCAUCAGAAACAUCAUGACUCCCUGCCGCUUCCCAAGCCAGAAAUGGCAGACCACUUCCCUGAGAUCUUGUCGAUGGCCGGUGUAAAGAAGAGCAGUGUGGAAAUAAAGCCAACGAGGUUUCCUUCCCCAUGCAUCCAGCUCACAGGACCUCGUUGCGAAGUUGAGAGUUUGAAGGACAGCCUUGAGGUGUUUCUUCUGAGUCUUGUCACUAAACGAUUUGAGGUGAAAGGACCUGGAGUUAAAACAUUCUUUCAAAGUGAUGGUGCAGAGACUUUGAAAUUAGUGAAAUCUUCUUAUACGGUUUGCAUACUGCCCAUUGAUGAUGGCCGUAAAAGUGGUAACGUGCCCAUAUACAUGAACAGAGAGCGUUUUCAGAGCUUGCCAGCUGCUGCAUCUGCCCAAUACUCUCUGGACUUUGACAAUGAGAUACACAUUAAAGUUGUGGUUGGUAGUCUUGAGCAACAACAGGCCGAUGUAUUUGUUGCUCCAAUGAUAAAAACAAACAUGACCUCAACCUUGAUUGGAUCAUCCUUGUUGAAAAAAGCAGGACAGCAGCUUCAGACUAACUUCAACAAUGCCCAGGGAAAGCGUACACUUACGCAUGGAGACGUGCUGGAGGUGGAUGCGACACCAGCGCUGGGAUGCUCAAAGGUUUUCUUCAUAGAAUGUGUGCCCAAAGGAAAAAACCACAACAGCGAAAAAAUGUUCCAGACAGUCUGUGUGGAUCUGAGUGCCAAAAUGGUGGACAACGCAGGACAAGCUCUGUUUCACUCACUGACCUCUGACCUUGAUGAGAUCAUCAUGCCAGUAGAUAGGAUUGAACUCCAUCUAGUGUUCGGUGACAUCACCAAUGAGACUACUGAUGCCAUUGUGAACACCACUGACUUUAAGGACUUCCAGACAAGUGGAGUGUGUAAAGACAUCCUCACCAAAGCAGGAUCUCAUGUCCAGGGUCAACUGACAGGAGCUCAGGUAACAAGUGGACAGAUAUUUACGACCCCGCCAGGAGGAUUUCCAUGUAAGACAAUCAUGCAUGUUUGUGGAGAGAGGGACGCCAGUGUUAUCAAGACCUUGGUGAAAGCAAUAGUGGUUCAAUGUGAACACGGCCGUUACCGGUCUGUGGCCAUUCCUGCUAUCUGUGCUGGACAAGGAGGUUUGGAUGCAAAAGUGGUGGCCAAGUCUAUUCUAGAGGGAGUAAAGGAUGGUGUUCAAGGAGCUAAUCUUCAAUAUCUCAGAACUAUUCGGAUCAUUCUGCUGAAGAUUAAUGUUUUCCUGGAGUUUAAAGCGAUGGCACAGCAAAUCUUUGGUGGUAAUAUACAGUUGACAGCUCCUGCACCACUUGUACCAACAAACGUAACCUCCAGAGGGCGCAGUGGAUCAACUAUAUCACGCAGAUCACAAUCACGCAGAUCACAAUCAUUUUCUUUACAACACUCUCUUGACUUGAGUUCUCUAGUCAGUGCUUUGCCAGUCACAGAGAACACAGCAGCAUUUCUAGUGAUCGGUCACACAGAUAAUGAAGUGUGUGAUGCCUGCAGAGAACUCCAGCGGGCGUAUGAGAGCCAGUGCUCCACACACUCUUUCCACCCAGAGGAGAUUGAACGUCUCACUCAGGAUGAGAUGAACCAGCUGCUCUCUAAAGUCGAUUCCCUGCACCUGAAGCUGGAACAGAGCAGCUCUGGAGGAUGGGAAGUGAAAGGGCUGAAGGAUGGAGUUAAUGAGGUGGUUAGACUGAUACAAGAUGCACUUCGCAGACAGGUAAGAGAGAAGGACCAGGCAUCCCUCUUCACUCGGGUCACAUGGUGCAUUCUGGGACAACGGGGCGUUUGGCAGAAGGUGCCCGCAGAGGAGAAUUAUAAGCUUGAGAGAGAAGAUGUGAAAGAUGGAAUUAUUGAUGCACAGGGUGUGAAAUGGACUGUGGAUUUGAGAAAGUUGGAGGCCACAGCAUGUGGUUCAGGACACGUGACGUCUCUCAAACGACUGGAGAACCUUUCAGAUUUCUCUUUGCCCAUCAACUGGGACAACAUGAGUCACAGUGACCUGUUAAAGGUGAUCGCUUUAGAUCAGCAAUCUAUGGAGUACCAGACCGUGAAGGCAGACUUCAAGAAGACCGUCACAAAAACAGUGCUCAAGAUCGAGCGCAUCCAGAACAUGAAUCUUCGGCGGUUAUAUGAGGGACGUAAAAAAGAGCUGGAGAACAGAAACGGUGGCAGUGUGGGAGCAGGAGAGAAGACCCUUUAUCACGGCACAUCAGAGGAGUCCUGCUCAACCAUCAUGAAGUCAAACUUUAAUCGAAAUUUUGCUGGGCAAAAUGCCACCGUCUACGGUAAUGGGACGUACUUUGCUUUGGACGCCAGCUAUUCUGCCCAUCCUACCUAUGCGGUUCCUGCAGCAGACGGGACUCAGCUCAUGUUCGUGGCUUGUGUGCUUACGGGUCAUUACGCUCAGGGUCAGACGGGCAUGAAGACGCCCCCUGUUCGCCUCGCACCUGACCACAAUUAUGACAGUGUGGUGGAUAACAUCCAAAAUCCCUCCAUGUUUGUGGUUUUUCACGACUGCCAGGCUUAUCCAGAAUACCUCAUCACAUUUAAAUGAACUUCAGCCAAAACCAACCUUUGGUUUGUUCCCUGUAAAGUCAACCGGAUGAGCUCUGAAUGAUCUAUAAACCAUCACUAUUUACGUAGUUCCUUUUACAUUUAAAUAUAAUUACUUUUAUUCAAAGGUUAGAUUAGGUAUCACAUAGCAGAUAGAUACCUCUUUAAGCUUUAUGUCAUUCUCAUUGUAUAUGAGUGUUUUAUUGACCAAUACCAUUCAAAUUGCACAAUUUAAUGAUAUGAGAGCAGAAAAAGUGCAAUAUUAAUUGACAAAGCUGUUUAUUUGAUUAUUAUGGAACAUUUACUCAGAUUAAAUACUUCAGGGAAUCGCACAGGUAUUUUCUGACUUGUGCAAUAAUCCACACAAGUGAUAUUUAGCUUCAGGGCGAUCUAUUCAUCACUCUUUGAUGCAAAAAAAAAGGUUUUGAAAUAUUAGUGAUCAUAUUACAACUCUUCUUUCUCGGUUCCCAUAUCUCCUUCAGGCGCUCACUAUCAUAAAUAAACCAAUUGACGUUGUUUUGAAUGAAAUGUAGGAGUUUGCGCAAUAUUAAGUUGCUGCAAUACUUAAGAGCAAAAAGAGAAACAGUCUAUAUUGUAACAGAAGUUGUUUUCUUGUAUUAUUUAGCUCAGUUUCUACUUUUCUUUCAUUUUCUGACAUUAGCUUUUUGGACUGUA